UCUGGCGUCAGUGGCGUGACGUGCUCGUGCUCGACGCGCUUCCACCUUAUUCCCGGAAGUGUGUCGCGCUCUGGCAUCGUCGCCGCUCCCUCGUCGCGCCAUUGAGAAGUCAGGGAAGCUCUCACUAACCCAUUGACUCCAGUACCAGCAGGUCCACGCUGUCAGUCAUGGCCGAGCAGGAGCCCACCCCAGAGCAGCUAGCUGCCAUUGCUGCAGAGAAUGAAGAGAGCGAGGCGGUCAACUACAAACCGCCUGCCCAGAAGAGCCUUCAGGAGAUCCAGGAGCUGGACAAAGAUGAUGAAAGCUUGCGCAAGUACAAGGAGGUGCUGCUGGGCUCUGUCGAUGUGGCCAUAGAUCCCAAUGCUCCCAACGUUCAGGUGACACGGCUAACUCUUGUGUGCGAGACCGCCCCUUCCCCGCUGACCCUUGACCUGCAAGGAGAUCUGGAGGCCUAUAAGAAGCAGUCGUUUGUUCUAAAGGAGGGAGUGGAGUACAGGAUAAAAAUCAACUUCAAGGUAAACAAGGAUAUUGUAUCAGGAUUGAAGUAUGUACAGCAGACCUUUAGGAAAGGGGUGAAGAUUGACAAGUCGGACUACAUGGUGGGCAGCUACGGGCCUCGGCCGAACGAAUACGAGUUCCUGACGCCUUUAGAGGAGGCCCCCAAAGGCAUGCUGGCCCGCGGAACCUAUAACAUUAAAUCCAAGUUCACUGAUGACGACAAGCAUGACCACCUGUCCUGGGAAUGGAACCUCAACAUCAAGAAGGACUGGAAAGAUUGAGCCGUUUCCAAACCCCAGCCAUUUCCUUCCUGUCAUCUUUGCUGUUUCUCCCUCCCUUCCUUCCUCUCCCACUUACUCCAGUUCUCACCAUCAUUACCAUAAUCUUGGAUUAACUGAUUUAAAGCAAAAGGAUCUCUCUCACUCCGUCCACUUUCCUGCAGUUUUCCAUCUUCCAUCUCUCCCUCUGUAUUCCCAUCCCUUUCUGUGUAUUGAGGCUUUUCAUGAAAUAUAUAUGUGAAAACAAACAAAAAUGUGCACAAUCCAUAUUUUGUGUUUUGGUUUGUUUUAUAUAAAAGUAAAAAUCUGAGGGGAAAAAAAAAUAUUCAUAAAAACCUCAUGGAUACUUUUGACAUGGUUGUUAUUAGUAAUCUUCACUCCCCCGUCUUCCUCUUGUGUCUGAAACCCUUCCUGCUUAUCCUGUGUCAUUUCUUUUUCGAACAUUCCUUUAUUUUAUUUUAACCAUGAUCUGCCUUUGAGUGUAAUGGGAGAAGGUGCCACUUGUUGAUACUUUGCCACUGGCAUUCCCUCAAGAACUCAAGUUUGACUGUGCCCAGACAGAAAAUAUGUCCGAUGCCUUUGAGAUAAGUAAGGGUUAGCAUAGAUGGUUGUCGUAGAUAACUGUAGAAAUGUAAGUGAUGCAGCGGAGCAGGUCGUUACUUGGCUCUUGGUAUGUAUGCGUGACCGUAUAUGGCUUUAGCUAUGUAGGGUUCGCAGGAUGUUGUAAUCUUUCUUGAAACUGACAUCUUGUCCACUAGUUGGAGCUUUACCAGUGCAGGUUUUUGUUUUAACCAUUUCAUCGCCAUGUGGCCUUAAAAUUAGUAUUUAGUAGCUGCCUUUUAAGCAUCUAGGUUUCCAAUCGAACCUAACUGAAUCUUUGUCCUCUGGAGGACAAUGUGCUUCACUGACUCUUGCAUCCUCAAAGGACUAGCUAUCUCAUCUGUUGCAUCAUUCUCAAAUUGAUGGCCAGUCAAAGAUAGUGAACCUUGGUGCUGAGCAAAAAGUUGCCCCACCCUAAUUAUUGUACAUCCAAUAGAUUCGUUCUUGCACACAAACCUCCCGCUUUCCAAAGACGACUGGUGCUCAAUUCGCAAAAUUGCUUGCGGUUUACACGUGUUGCUGUCUUGCGCUAGGACGUUUUUAAGUGGAAAAGGGCUGUUUUUGCUCACAGACCUCAAGUAUUUGACUACUCGCCCGAAAUAUUACAAACGCUACUGAUUGUGCCUCCAGUACUGACAAAUACAAGCUGCUCAAUGCAUGGAAAACCUUCUGGGAACAGAAGUCAGAACUCUAAAGGAGGUGCAUUCGUUGUUGCGACUGAUUUGGAGGUCUAAGAGUGCACCUAAAACUAAAUGCUCUCCGUUCCAGUCCAGGUGUAGUUUAACCUCAACGUUCCAACAAGAGGAUGUGCUCUGAUCACUGUACUGUUUUAUACACACUUUAUUUCUUCGGCGACACUUGCCUGGGAGGUAGGAACUUGCUGCGCUGGUCCAGAAUGCUUCUUCUGUCUUCAUUUGUUUGGUUACUCUGUGUAUUAUCUCUAUGAAAGCUGGAGAUUACUGUUCACCUGUGUCAACAUUAAAGUGUUCAGAACAGA